CAGCACACGGCCGUGUCUCCCCUUCCACCACCAUGGCCUCGCUGCACUCAAUACCGCGCUUCCUGCUGCCACGGCAGCCCCUGCUCCGCCCCAACCGCUUCACGCAAUCUCUCCUCCCAACAUCCUCCGUCCGCCAUGUAUCCAAUGCGCGCCAGCUCUCCGCAGAAUUCGAGCGCCGCCGCGCCGCCGCCGCCAGCACAAAACAACACGUCAUCCCCCAGCCAGACAAGUACAGGCCGCCUUCGCACGGCAAGACACUGCCGCGACGCUCGGAUCCGGGCGUGGGGAAGGUGUAUGGGCCGAAGCUGAGCGAGGAAGAUAAGAAAAGGAUGGCGACGAAGAAGUAUCCGAAUAUGAUGAGUCCCGAGGGCACGUUUAGUCAUUGGUUUUUGAAUAAUCGGGCUAUUCAUUUGUGGAUUACCAUGGGCAUCCUCGUCUCCCUGGCUGUAGCAGCAUGGUACAUGGACUUCAUGUCCAAGACCAUCUACGCCGAGCUUCUCCCCGACCGCCGCGAGUUCCUACGCCACCCCAUCCAGAGCUCGAAGCGCUUCAUUGAAGUGUACAAGAUGCACAUGGCGCAUACGAGCCAGGUGUACUCGGAGCAGAGGCUCAAGAAGGCAGAGGAUAUUGAGAAGAGGAAGCAGUAUAGACUGGAGAGGCAGAGGGAGGCUGAGGAGAAGGGCGAGGAGUACGUUGAGGAUCCAAGGUACUAUGUUGGUGAGGAUGGUGUGAGGAGGAGGAGGGUCAAGAGGUGGUUCGGUAUCUGGGAGUAGACCCUGGAAGAGCGGGGAGUUCCAGCCAAGCUUGUUGGGUGAGGGAGUCAUGCGGCGAAGGGGAGGUUUUGAAGAGGAGGAACGUGUGUACGAUAAGUGGGACGAACAGGGUAGGGCGCACUGGCCGCAGUGUGUGAAGGGUCACGUUGGAGGAGAAGAAGUUUAAAGAUUGGGCAUCUGAAAGGGUCUCAAUAGCAGACGAUUUUAGUUCGUUCCGAAGCGGGCAAGCAGUCGAUCACAUUCUGCAUAGAGCGACGAGAGUAGCAUGUACAAGUCAUGUACAGAACCAUGUAUACGUAUAUAUACCACACAAC